GUGUGUGUGAGAGAGAGAUUUCUGGGGGAGGAGGGGGUUUCACUUUCUAAUCUGGAGGUUGUUUCAGCUGUUGGGACCCUAUUGUGACAUCAGGCCUGAGCAUGCAAUGAUGUCGUCAGUAUUCAGCUGUGAGCAAUCUUGAGGCACUUCUGAAUCCAACAGAGGAGAAUUUUCCUCUCUCCUUCCCCUCAACACCAAAUGAACCAGUUGGGAAGUCACUGCUUCAGUGUGACUGAGGAGGCCUCAUUGCCUGAGAUCCAAGCGCCGCUUAUCCUUUCCCUAACAACACCUGAAGAUGGGACCUUUUUUCUUUCUGCUCUACGGAACAAAAAGCCAACAGAGCCCGUGACAACUCAGCCGACUCGGGUUGGCACGUCCACCGUCACAACAGUCAUACAGACCGGAGGAGAUUGGACCACUGGCCUCUUUGGUAUCUGCAGUGACAAGAGUGUUUGUGUCUGUGGGGCCUUGUGUAGCCCAUGUCUAGAAUGCGACCUUGCAAGGCACUAUGGGGAGUGCCUGUGUUUCCCAUUGCUGCCAGGUUCCACCUUAGCGUUGAGAGUCGGCGCCAGAGAGAAAUACAAGAUACGAGGAACCCUGUGUGAAGACUGGAUGGCAGUUCAUUGUUGCUGGCCUUUUGUUGUUUGCCAAGUGGCCCGAGAGCUGAAGAGGAGGGCUACGACCCAGAUCUAUGAAAUAAACACUGCUCCUACAGCUAAAGAUACCCUAGUUUAAAAAUUCCCAGCCAGAAAGCUUGACUCGUGAUACUUCCCCUCCUGCCAAUGUAAAAUACCUUAUUUUUAGAAAUAAAAUGCAUUUGUGUCUUACAGCAAAGGCUUUCUAAUACUCCUGCAAGGCUGUAUAUGUUAAACUGUGAUAUAACACCUAACCGCCUCAGCUGCAAAUUUCCACAGUGCAACCAUAUUAUGUGGUUCAAUGAUCUAGUGCCUGCUCUGAAGUAUGGCACUGUUGAUGACCGCUCUCUCUCUCUCUC